AUGGCUCAAACAAAUAGGGCCCCACCCACCCAGAGGGUGCUGAGCUGGCCAACACCAGCAAUCAAGACCUGCAUGAUAGCAGAUGCCCCCAAGGAAAGGGAAGUAGUGGCUCCUAGGAAUGCUGAGGCAGCUGUCAGAGUCCUGGGAGAGCAGGAACCCACUCCUGGAAGAACCAACCAAGCGCUGGCUGCUGUUAGAGCACCAAAGACACCCUCAACAACAGCAAGGAGGAAGGACACAUCCUUGGACAACAAUGUUGACUACAGCUCAACCAAUGAGUCUACCCCCUCACAAUCCACAGGGACAAUGAGACACCAAACAAGCUGUGAACUGGAAGAUACUGUCAGAAAACUCAGGAAACAGAACAAAAGGCUGGAGAAGAAGAUUGUUACACAGGCAAGAUCAGGGUACAAAGCUCAGACACCUAAAGCUUACAAGGGCAAGGCAGACAUCAAUAAAUACAACAUGUUUAUCCUUAACUACAAACUAUACUUGUCAGAUACCAAGCUUAGCAAUUGCAACGCCAUCCUCACCAUGAGCCAAUUCCUUGAGGACAAGGUGGCAACAUGGUACAUGAUGAAUGUAGCGCCAGACCCUGAAGUGUACACAAUGGAAACCAUAUACAUUGGACUCUAUGAGUACUGCUUUCCCCCAGACUUCAAGGAGGAGGUACAAUGCCAGUAUAACCAAAAACAGCAAGGGGACCUGAGUGUUCAGGACUACUUUGCCAAACCAGCUAGGCUCCACUGUAGAUUGAGAGAAGCUCACAAAUAA